CCGACCUCAGAGCAUCAUCGCCUUUCGACAACAACUUCGCAAGCUCUACGCCAUCACCACCUUUGUCAAUCAUCGCCCGAGAAGCUUCACAUAGCUGCAGAAUCAACUACAAAUCUACUAACUACACUCUCUACAACCGCCACCAUGUCUGCCGGAGAUGUUGUCGACUCCUUCGUGAACUGGUCAGUUCUUGGUCCCCCGUCAUCUUCUCUGUGAUUAGCAUUAUCCUAUGCUCAAUCCGAGAUAAGAGGGCUAUCGCGUACCUCACCCUUGAUUUGAUGUAUAUGCUAACAUAUUAUCUUGUAGCCCGGUCUAUGCGGUUCGUACUCCCAAGCCCAUGAGACAGUUCCUUUACCUUCUCGUGUCGAGUGUCGAAUCUGCCUGCUGCCUCGAGGUCUCAGAAACAUCGAUUUCAUCAUGCUGACUCUUUUCAUAGCCAUUCUUUGGUGCUAUGGGUUGCACAUCUGCCAUUGUGUUCACCUGCUUCGGUGCUGCUUACGGGACCGCCAAGUCCGGUGUUGGAAUCUGCGCAAUGGGUGUUCUCAGACCUGAUUUGAUUGUCAAGAGUAGGUUUAGGAAUCGAUCGAAGCUGAAGACGAUGUUCUAACUUGUUGUAUAGACAUCGUACCAGUUAUUAUGGCUGGUAUUAUUGGUAUUUACGGAUUGGUCGUAUCGGUUUUGAUCUCGGAUGGACUUAAGCAACAACUACCCCUGUAUACUGGAUUCAUUCAACUUGGUGCUGGUCUUAGUGUCGGUUUGGCUGGUCUCGCGGCUGGAUUCGCAAUCGGUAUUGUCGGUGAUGCUGGUGUUAGAGGAACCGCACAGCAGCCUCGACUCUUCGUUGGAAUGAUUCUUAUUCUCAUUUUCGCUGAAGUCUUGGGUACGUUACACACGUUUUCGGAAGCAACGGGUGGCACUAACACAUUUAAGGUCUUUACGGUUUGAUCGUUGCCCUUCUGAUGAACUCAAAGGCCAGCUUGGAUGUCUCUUGUUAA